CUCAAUUCUGAUAAUUUAUCAUACUAUUUUGGGCCUAUUUUAUUUCUCUUUUGGGAAUUAAUGACUAAUUUGGACUAAACUUGCUCUUUUAUUAGGAAAGGAUGGAAUUGGAAAGAAGUUUAAUGUUUUGAGACCAAAGUCCAAGGAAUUGGAAGAGGAAGGUUAAUCUCUCAAAAAUCAGCCCAAGACUAAUAAGGAAAGAACUCUUUCCCGUAGCAUUUAUCCUCACCAUAUGUGGAAGAGCACAAAAUGAAAGAUUCAUUCUCUAGCAAACAUGGAAACUUCCAACAAUUCAGCCCACAUCUUAUACGAAUUAGACAUUCCAAAUCAUCAAAACAAAGGCAGUCUUGGCCGAAUUUAAUGGAGGGAGCCGUUGGGGAUUAACUCCCCCAAUUUGAAGAUCCAAAAAUCUGCCCAGACCGUCAUAUAAAACGCAGCAGCAUCGCAGCAGGAAAGGAGGAGGAACGGAGGUGAAAACUGGAGAGAAAGACAGAGGAACUCAGCCGCUCCUUCAUCGAUCAUCUUCGGUUUUUCAUUCUCUAUUAAUUAGUUAGUUUAAUUUCAGAUUUCCUAGUUCUUGUAUUUCAAUUUCAGAACUUUUACUUUCAUGUUUAUGCUAUUGAAAGGUGAUUUCUUCCAUACCUUAGGUAUGAUAUUUGGCUAGAUUUUUACCCGAGGGAUUUGGGAUUAAAGCUUGGUAAUAAGUGAUUAUCUCUUGUGUUUGGUUCUUCCAUUGUAAUCGACAGAUUAUUUUUCCAAUUAAAUUUAUUUUAUGAAUUUCAUUGAUGAAUUUUGCAUUGAGCUCAUGCUUAAUUCUUAUUGUUAGGUAUCGUGUGAUGCACCGACGGGUGAGGCAUGAUAUUUGAGCCCGUAAAAUAAACAUGAUUCACCUAUACUAGACAUAGUUGGGGAAUUGUAGUGACUUUCAAUUGUCGCUUUUUGGCUAGUUAAGUUUAGUGUUCAAUCGACGGAUUAACACUAGCUUAACCGGUACGCGCUAAUAUCUCGACGGAGAAUUAGCAUAUUUUAGAACCAAUUGUCACUUUAAUUGCUUGAACCGACACUGAGAUUUUCUAUUAAUAUCAAGUGUAUAACCCGAAUCCCGAGGGCCGUUUUAUCUAUUGUCUACUUGAUUAAUUCUUAAUUCUGGUUUUACUCCUCGCUCUUAUCUUAUCAAAAUCAAAUCAAAAUCAGUUUUUACUUUGUUGAUAGAAACUUAAACCAUUAUAGUUCAAUUUGUGCUCCUCGUGGGAUCGACCCUGGAAUACUCUGGGUUUUACUACGACCGAUCUGUACACUUGCAGAAAAAAGCGGUCAAGUUUUGGCGCCGUUGCCGGGGAGCGCUUAAAUUGUUUCUUUUUGAUUUUGUUUCUGUCAACUAUUGUUUUUCUUUCUUCCAUUUUAUUCUCUUUUAUUAUCACUGCAUUAUGCUUCACAAUUUUUUCAGUAAGUGCAGAUUUUUAUGCGAUUAAGGGGAUCCAGAAAACAGCUUAACGCAGAUUUGGAACCCUUAGAUCUUGAGAUUGAACGCACUUUUAGACAAAGAAAAGCAAGAAGAAGAUUAGUUAUGGCGAACGAUAAUAAUAAUAGGCAAGUUGUUGUCCCGCCACCUCCACGUUUGAGGGAUAUCCAGCGUCCGGUAAUAGCCGCCAACCCUUCUUGUAUUUUACUUUCUGAUGCCGCAAGAAACUAUGAGCUCAAAAAUAUACAUCUUAAUAUGCUUCCCUCCUUUAAUGGACUGGGAACUGAAGAUGCUUUAGGAUUCAUGCGUGAGCUUUAUAGUACGGUACAAACUUUUCCUUUAAAUAAUUUAUCCGAAGAUGAGCUUCGUAUGAGAUGUUUUCCUUAUUGCAUGAAAAGUGAGGCUAGACAGUGGUUGUUAAAUUUGCCAGAACGCUCUCUAACCAAUUGGGAGCAAGUUUAUGAUGCUUUCAUGUUCAAAUUCUAUUCUAACCAGAAAACAAUGGAUUAUAGGAGUAGAAUUUGCAAUUUUGUUCAAGGGGAAAGGGAAUUAUUUCAUGAAGCAUGGGAAAGGUUUAAUUUAUUUUUGAACCAGUGCCCCCACCAUCAGUUUUCUGUGUUACUUUUAACUCAAUUUUUCUAUGAUGGUCUUACUCCGAAUUGCCAAACUCUUGUAGAUACUGCUUGUGGUGGUUAUACAGGAGAUAAAAAUGCUAAUGAGUUAUGGGACAUUUAUAAGAAUUUGGCUACUAAUUCUCAACAGAAGGCGGUGAGAGGUCAUAGGGCGCUUGUGCACGAAGUGAACGCCCAACCUGAUUCGGCCACACAAUUGGCUGAGCUAAAUAAUCAAAUGAAGUUGCUAAUGACUCGUGAGAGUCCAAGCAGCGAGGUAUGUGCCUUUUGUGGUUCAAUUGGACACAAUGCUAACUUAUGUAUUCAUGCAGGUAUGAAUCAACAACCUGGUGAAGAGGUGAACUAUAUGGGAGCCUAUGGAAAUAAGCAAAAUCAGCCGCAAAAGAACGACCCCUUCUCAAACACAUAUAAUCCAGGUUGGCGGAGUCACCCUAACUUCUCAUGGAAGGAUCCGGGCAAUGCUAGGCCAGUGGGACCUCCUGGGUUCCAGCAAGCACAAGUUACCCCAUUUCAGCAACAAGUAAUGCCUCCGUACCAGUUCCAAAUGCCAGAAAAGAAACCACAAUUUGAAGAAUUAGUCGUGCAGUACAUGGCGAAUCAAGAUGCAACCAUGAAAAAGAUGGAUGCUAAAAUUGACAAGGUGGUGCAGUCUAACCAAGCUUCGAUUCAUACUCUCGAAGUGCAAGUUGGGCAAUUGGCUAGAAUGGUAACGGAGAAGGACAAAGGCAAGCUUCCAGCAAGCACUGAUGUCAAUCCAAGAGACGCGAUGGCAGUCACAUUAAGAAGCGGAAAAAAACUGCCUAACACUUUUCAUGAGAGAGCUCCAGUCAAGGAAAAAACUGUCCAAAAUCAAGUUGCUGCACAAGAGGUAACCAGAGAUCAACUUGACCAGCCAAACACCAAGAAUAAUGUGGUUCAACCAGCUGAAACCGAGGCAGAAAAGCCAUAUGUUCCUCCAGAGCCGUAUGUACCUCCUAUUCCUUAUCCACAGAGGCUGCGUAAGAGGAACCAAGAUAAUAAUUUUCAGAGGUUCUUAGAGAUCUUUAAGAAGUUGCAAGUCAAUAUUCCAUUUGCUGAAGCACUUGCUAGGAUGCCAUCAUAUGCCAAGUAUAUCAAAGAGUUGGUGUCAAACAAGAAGAAACUCGAGGAGUUUGUGACUGUCCAGUUAAGUGAAGAGUGCAGUGCCAUACUACAGAGCAAACUGCCACCAAAGUUAAAAGAUCCAGGGAGUUUUUCUAUACCCUGCACUAUUGGUAAUUUUGUUAUUGAUAAAUGCUUAUGUGAUUUAGGUGCUAGUAUCAAUUUGAUGCCUUUAACUGUUUGCAAAACACUUGGAAUUGUUGAUAUAAAGCCCACUACUGUUUCUUUACAACUGGCUGAUAGGUCGGUUAAGUAUCCGCUUGGUGUUGUUGAAGAUGUCCUAGUUAAAGUGGGUAAAUUUUAUUUUCCCGCAGAUUUUCUCGUGCUUGAUAUAGGAAUUGAUUCUGAUACUUCUCUUAUUUUGGGCAGACCUUUUUUAUUAACUGGCGGGGUUUUGAUUGAUAUGCCUCAAGGAAAAUUAAUUUUUCGGGUUGGGGUUGAAAAGGAGGAGUUUACUAUUGCUAAGGCUGUUAAUUUCCCUGCUUUUGAUGAUUCUUGUUAUGCUUUAGACUCAGUUGAUUCUCUUGUUUCUGAAACUUUUGCUAAGCAUUCAUUUUAUGAACCUCUUGAAGCAUGUAUUGCUCUUAAUUUGAAUGAAAAAGAGGAAGAUUCUGUUUUUUCUGAUUGUGUGAUGAGUUUAGAGGGUCGAGGUUCAUUAACCAGUAACUUUGGAAAGAAAUAUGAAGACUUAGGUAGAAGCAACCCUCCCCUUCCUCCUUCACAUGAAUCACCUCCACAACUUGAGCUUAAACCUCUUCCUUCGAAUCUGAAAUAUGCAUUUCUUGGAAAUAAUAAUACUUUUCCAGUGAUUGUUUAUGCUUAUUUGAAUCCUGAAGAAGAGGAAAUGUUGUUAUCUCUUUUGAAGAAGUACAGGGCAGCUUUAGGGUGGUCUAUUGCUGAUGUUAAAGGUAUAUCUCCCUCGAUUUGCAUGCAUAAAAUCUUAUUAACAGAUGAUCAUACUCCUUGUGUGCAAGCCCAAAGACGUCUUAACCCUAAUAUGAAAGAAGUUGUGCGGGCAGAAAUUCAUAAGUUGCUGGAUUCAGGUAUUAUCUAUCCUAUCUCAGAUAGCUCGUGGGUUAGCCCAGUUCAGGUUGUUCCGAAAAAGGGGGGUAUUACGGUUGUUAGUAAUGAUAAAAAUGAAUUAAUACCUACCAGGACUGUGACUGGGUGGAGGGUUUGUAUAGAUUAUAGAAAGCUUAAUGCUGCUACCCGAAAAGAUCACUUCCCGCUACCUUUCAUUGAUCAGAUGUUAGAACGCCUAGCUGGUUAUGCAUAUUACUGUUUUCUUGAUGGUUUUUCGGGUUAUUUUCAAAUUCCUAUUGCUCCGGAAGAUCAGGAAAAAACCACAUUUACAUGCCCGUUUGGUACGUUCGCUUUUAGAAGAAUGUCUUUUGGUCUUUGUAAUGCACCUGCUACUUUUCAAAGAUGUGUGAUGUCUAUAUUUUCUGAUAUGGUUGGAGACAUUAUUGAAGUUUUCAUGGAUGAUUUUUCUGUGUUUGGCAUGUCUUUCGAUUGUUGUUUGACUAAUCUGGAACGUGUUUUAGCGCGAUGCGUGGAAACUGAUCUUGUACUUAAUUGGGAAAAAUGUCAUUUUAUGGUCACUCAAGGUAUUGUUCUAGGACAUAAAGUUUCUGCUCAGGGAAUUGAAGUUGAUAGGGCUAAGGUUGAGGUUAUUGAAAAGUUACCUCCUCCUACGUCCGUAAAAGCUGUUAGAAGUUUUUUAGGACACGCUGGUUUUUACAGAAGGUUUAUUAAAGAUUUUGCUAAAAUUGCAAAACCUCUUUGUAAUUUACUAGUAAAAGAUACACCUUUUCUGAUGGAUGAAAACUGUUUGCAUGCUUUUACUGUUUUGAAACAAGCUUUAACUUCUUCUCCUAUUAUAGUUGCUCCUGAUUGGACUUUGCCUUUUGAAUUAAUGUGUGAUGCGAGUGAUUUUGCUUUAGGGGCAGUUCUGGGCCAACGAAGAGAGAAGAAAUUGCAUGUUAUUUGUUAUGCUAGUAGGGUUUUGAAUGAUGCUCAAAUUAAUUAUGCAACUACUGAAAAAGAGUUUCUAGCGAUCGUUUUUGCUCUUGAUAAAUUUCGUUCUUAUCUUGUUGGAUCAAAAGUGAUAGUUUUUACUGAUCACUCUGCAUUGAGGUAUCUUCUAUCGAAGAAAGAUGCGAAACCUAGACUAAUAAGAUGGGUUUUACUACUGCAGGAGUUUGAUUUAGAAAUAAGAGACAAAAAGGGGUCAGAAAACCUUGUUGCUGACCACUUGUCUCGUUUAGAGCAUACACAAGCUGUAAUUCCUGAGAAACCAAUAAAUGAUGAGUUUCCAGAUGAGGGCCUUUGGGCCAUUGAUAAAUCUAUAGUUCCUUGGUUUGCUGAUUAUGUGAAUUUCCUAGUUUCUAACAUUGUUCCGCAGGACCUAAGUUACCACCAGAAAAAGAAGUUCUUUGCCGAUGUCAAGCAUUAUAUGUGGGAUGACCCCUUGCUCUUUAAACGAUGUGCUGACGGAAUUGUGAGGAGAUGUGUGCCCGAGGAAGAGAUGGUCCAGAUUCUCAACGAUUGUCAUUCCUCGCCUUACGGUGGUCAUCAUGGGGCUGAGCGGACAGCAGCAAAAGUUCUGCAAAGCGGCUUCUAUUGGCCAACUCUUUUUAAGGAUACUAGGAGUUUUGUGAUGGCGUGUGAUAGAUGCCAGCGUACUGGAACCAUCGGUAAGAGGCAUGAAAUGCCUCAACAAGGUAUUUUUGAAGUUGAAUUGUUUGAUUUGUGGGGUCUGGACUUUAUGGGUCCAUUUCCUCCUUCUAAUGGUAAGCUUUAUAUUCUUGUUGCGGUCGAAUAUGUGUCUAAAUGGGUAGAGGCAGUUGCCUUACCUGAUAAUACCGCAAAAAGUGUGGUCAAGUUCGUUAGGUCUCUCAUAUCUCGCUUUGGUGUACCUAGAGCUUUCAUUUGUGAUAAUGGUGUGCAUUUUAAAAAUUCUCAGUUUUUAUCUUUGCUUUCCAAAUAUGGUUGUCAUCUCAAAUCUGGAACCACCUACCAUCCACAAUCAAGUGGACAGGUAGAGGUUUCCAACCGUGAGAUUAAGUCUAUUCUUGAAAAAACAGUUAACUCAACUCGGAAAGACUGGUCGUUAAAGUUGCUUGAUGCGUUAUGGGCUUAUAGGACUGCCUAUAAAACACCCUUAGGGAUGUCUCCGUAUAGGUUAGUCUAUGGUAAGUCUUGUCAUCUCCCUGUUGAGUUAGAACACCGUGCUUAUUGGGCUGUCAAAACUUUGAAUUAUGACUUGAAAGCUGCAGGUGAAAAGAGAUUGCUUCAGUUGAAUGAACUUGAUGAGAUUCGUCGAGAAUCUUACGAGAACUCUCGAAUUUUUAAAGAAAGGACUAAGGCAUGGCAUGAUAAAAAAAUUCUAAGGAGGGAGUUUAAGGAAGGGCAAGAAGUUUUGUUAUUUAACUCUCGUCUUAAGCUUUUUCCAGGUAAACUGAAAUCCAGGUGGUCAGGGCCCUUUGUUGUGACCAAAGUUCAUCCUUAUGGAGCAAUUGAGAUCGAGGGCAGUGAGAAGAGGCCAUUUGUGGUCAAUGGACAAAGAUUGAAACACUUUUUUCGCGGGGAGACAGUUCCUAAUGCUGAAUCAAACACCCCCCAUUCGGAUUGACGUAUUUUUUUUGAAGUGUCUAGCUCUAGACGUUAACUAAAGCGCUUAUUGGGAGGCAACCCAACAUUUCAUUACCUUAUCCUUUGAUUUUCAUUUUUCCUUCUUCUUCUAGUUUUCUACUUUCUUCGUUUUUUUUGUUUCCUUUUGUUUGCAGAAUAAAAGAUGAUCUGGUGCUGAAGCCUAGUCUGGAUAAACUCCAGCUGAUUUCUUCUGAUUAAAUACUUUAAGGGAGUACUCUUUUCCCUUCACCUUUUACUGUUAACAUUGAGGACAAUGUUUUGUUCAAGUGUGGGGGUGGUUGUUUGGUUUGGCCUUAAAUCUCAGUAGUUUUGAGCUUGAAUUCUCUCCCAGCUUGGAUCUUUUAUGGCCAAUGAUGAGUUUAAUGCCUUGUUAGCACCAAUUUUAGUUAGUGUCAAACAUAAAGCUAGUUUUUAUUUUCAAUAUGUCACUGCUAUUCAUAAAUAAAGUAUCUCUGAUUUUGAGCUUUCUCCUUGAUUUUCAAGUGUGCUGGGCAAUUUUUUUUAAAGUGUAAGUGCAGUCCCUAAUUCAAAUGACUUUUUGGGGCAAGGGUUAAAAUAGAGUAUAUGAAAUGAUUUUCUGAGAAGAAACACUUGCCUUUUAACUUUUGAAGUGCAGUUUGUGUUUUCCUUAGAAGGCUGCUAUCCAACUCGUUUUUUUAUGUUAAUCGUACUAGUGUACAGCUGAGUUUUAAAGUUCAGAUUCUGCGCUUUCUUUUAAUUCUUCAAGAAUAGCAUGGUCAUAUGGUUUAUACUAGCAAUGUGUUUGAGUAGCUAAAGUUGAUUCUAACUUGGCAUUCCUGAGGCAAGUAAGCAAAGCAGACCAUGAGGGUCUUCCUGGGAGAACUUUGAGUAUUCUGCUUAUGCUGAAAUUGUAUUUUACAUCCACUCAUUUUAUUGCUUGAGGACAAGCAAGACUUUAAGUGUGGGGGAAUUUGAUAGGCCCAAUUUCAUUACUCAAUUCUGAUAAUUUAUCAUACUAUUUUGGGCCUAUUUUAUUUCUCUUUUGGGAAUUAAUGACUAAUUUGGACUAAACUUGCUCUUUUAUUAGGAAAGGAUGGAAUUGGAAAGAAGUUUAAUGUUUUGAGACCAAAGUCCAAGGAAUUGGAAGAGGAAGGUUAAUCUCUCAAAAAUCAGCCCAAGACUAAUAAGGAAAGAACUCUUUCCCGUAGCAUUUAUCCUCACCAUAUGUGGAAGAGCACAAAAUGAAAGAUUCAUUCUCUAGCAAACAUGGAAACUUCCAACAAUUCAGCCCACAUCUCAUACGAAUUAGACAUUCCAAAUCAUCAAAACAAAGGCAGUCUUGGCCGAAUUUAAUGGAGGGAGCCGUUGGGGAUUAACUCCCCCAAUUUGAAGAUCCAAAAAUCUGCCCAGACCGUCAUAUAAAACGCAGCAGCAUCGCAGCAGGAAAGGAGGAGGAACGGAGGUGAAAACUGGAGAGAAAGACAGAGGAACUCAGCCGCUCCUUCAUCGAUCAUCUUCGGUUUUUCAUUCUCUAUUAAUUAGUUAGUUUAAUUUCAGAUUUCCUAGUUCUUGUAUUUCAAUUUCAGAACUUUUACUUUCAUGUUUAUGCUAUUGAAAGGUGAUUUCUUCCAUACCUUAGGUAUGAUAUUUGGCUAGAUUUUUACCCGAGGGAUUUGGGAUUAAAGCUUGGUAAUAAGUGAUUAUCUCUUGUGUUUGGUUCUUCCAUUGUAAUCGACAGAUUAUUUUUCCAAUUAAAUUUAUUUUAUGAAUUUCAUUGAUGAAUUUUGCAUUGAGCUCAUGCUUAAUUCUUAUUGUUAGGUAUCGUGUGAUGCACCGACGGGUGAGGCAUGAUAUUUGAGCCCGUAAAAUAAACAUGAUUCACCUAUACUAGACAUAGUUGGGGAAUUGUGGUGACUUUCAAUUGUCGCUUUUUGGCUAGUUAAGUUUAGUGUUCAAUCGACGGAUUAACACUAGCUUAACCGGUACGCGCUAAUAUCUCGACGGAGAAUUAGCAUAUUUUAGAACCAAUUGUCACUUUAAUUGCUUGAACCGACACUGAGAUUUUCUAUUAAUAUCAAGUGUAUAACCCGAAUCCCGAGGGCCGUUUUAUCUAUUGUCUACUUGAUUAAUUCUUAAUUCUGGUUUUACUCCUCGCUCUUAUCUUAUCAAAAUCAAAUCAAAAUCAGUUUUUACUUUGUUGAUAGAAACUUAAACCAUUAUAGUUCAAUUUGUGCUCCUCGUGGGAUCGACCCUGGAAUACUCUGGGUUUUACUACGACCG